AUGGACGCGAGGCCUGACCACGAUGACGCCAAGAAUGUGGGCGAUAAUGGCACUGAGGGCGCGGAGGAGCGGAUGAAAGGUCGUCUCCACCGAGAAGCUACAUACACAGUGUCUAGACAUCAAGUUACCAACUACAUGAGCGACGUUGACGACUGCACUCGCCGUCAGCCAGUAAUCUUCCACCAUCUGUUUGCAGUAGUAAUAAAAGGCUAUGGUUCUCCCCAAUUCCGAAGCCCGGCCUAUCCACUCCGUACUCCGGAUGGUACUUUUGCGAGAGCUCCGAACGCAGCUAGACGAGAACACGUAUUCCCAACCAGCCUCAAUAUUGAGUCCGUCCGUCUGACAGGACCACGCCUCGUGCUUUAG